CUGAGCAGUUGAAGCUCACUCUGCUAUCCAUUAGUCGUCCUUGAAGCGAGCCAGACCGGAGUAAUCGCCUCGAACAUACAAUCGCUUGUCUAAUGUGGGACUUCCUUGUUGGGCAGGCGAUUUACACAACUACCGGGAAAUAUAUGCUAAUUUUUCGGACUUUUCUCUGCUAACACAAUACGAAGUGUAGUCAUUGGGUUCCGACGUUGUCUCAGCCGUAACGGGAAACCCAUUCCCCGACGUUAACGUCAUCAUCAACGUUAGCUAGCUAGCUAGUAAGCUAACGCCAACGUAAAGGCUCUGUUACGCUCCACAUUAGCCAUGUCCGCUUCGGCUGGAUGCUCCCCGGUGGCUCAGAGCUCGGGCCUGGGACCAGGCAUGUCUAUGUUUCGCUGGUUAGAAGUGCUGGAGAAAGAGUUCGACAAGGCCUUCGUGGACGUCGAUCUGCUGCUCGGAGAAAUCGACCCGGAUCAAGUGGAUAUCACGUACGAGGGUCGGCAGAAGAUGACCAGCUUAAGCUCCUGUUUUGCUCAACUCUGUCACAAAACCCAGACGGUUUUCCAACUGAACCACAAACUAGAAGCUCAGCUGGUGGACCUACGUUCUGAGCUCACUGAGGCCAAAGCCGAGCGGAAAGUGAUUGAAAGGGAGGUCCAUGACCAGCUCCUGCAACUUCAUGCCCUCCAGCUGCAGCUCCAUCCCAAGCAAGGCCAGGCAGAGGACUCCGACUCCAUCAGGGACAGACUGCCUGCACCAUCUUUGGAGAAAAUGGAGCAAGAGCUCAAGGUCAGCAAGAAAGAGAAAUUUGAAGACGCAAGGCUGGAGGCAGAAGUGAGACUAUUCAAGAAAGAAAACGAGGCUCUUCGCAGACACAUGGCAGUACUGCAGGCCGAAGUGUACGGCGCCAGGCUUGCUGCCAAAUACUUGGACAAGGAGCUUGCUGGGAGGGUUCAGCAGAUUCAGUUAUUGGGCCGUGACAUGAAAGGGCCCGCACACGACAAGCUGUGGAACCAGCUGGAGGCUGAGAUUCACCUCCACCGCCACAAGACCGUCAUCCGAGCAUGCAGGGGGCGCAAUGACCCGAAGAAACCUCUUCUCUCUCCAGUUGGGCAUGACCCAGACAUGUUAAAGAAGAGCCAGGGAGUUGGCCCCAUCAGGAAGGUUGUGCUAGUCAAAGAUGAUCACGAGGGGCUUGGAAUCUCCAUUACAGGUGGGAAGGAACACGGCGUUCCCAUUCUAAUCUCAGAGAUUCAUCCGAGUCAACCUGCAGACCGAUGCGGAGGUCUGCACGUGGGAGACGCCAUCCUUGCUGUCAACAGCAUUAAUUUGCGAGACGCCAAACACAAGGAGGCUGUCACCAUUCUGUCGCAGCAGCAAGGACAGAUCGAGUUCGAAGUGGUGUACGUGGCUCCAGAGGUGGACAGCGAUGAUGAGAAUGUGGAGUAUGAAGACGACAGUGGGCAUCGUUACAGACUCUACCUGGAUGAGGUGGACGACUGCAGCACAGCGCCACCCAGCAGCGGCUCAGCAGCCCUGCAUGCGCUGGAAAAGAUGUCCUUGAGCAAUGGUGCAGAGAACAGAGACACUGGGAUCUCCAGUGAGACGACUGCAGAGGAAACCCCUUCAAAGCCCCCCGAGACUGACUGCUCCUCCUAGAGGUUCCGCAUCAUUGUUGGUAUUGGGAGAUUUAUUGAGAGGAUUGUGGGUACAAUCCCUCUUUAAGAACUGAAUCAGAGAAUUGUUUGACAAGGAAAAUAAACCCAAGAAUGUCUUAACAACACUAUAAGAAGACCAUAUGUCCUCCAUCCCAUGACAUGUUCAAUCAGACUGAGAAACCAACCCUGGGACUCGCUCCGGGCCCAGGGGCCUUUACUGCAUGUUGUCUCCCUCACCAUCAGAAAAGGAAGAAAUGUGAACAUGUAUGUGCAGAAAAAAAGAAAAACCCUGCAAAAUACAUAUCAAGUGGAAAAAUGCUUUAUAUUUUGCCUGUUACCGAUAAAUCUGAUCAAACCUAAAAAGUGGAACAGGGUAAAAUGCUCUGAUGUUUUUACCUACACAGCACAUUUUGUUUUGACUCUCGAUUUACCAACUCUUAGUCCACAUAAAGUUCUGUAAUACAGGUGUUUGAGCUGAUCUGUCAUGCAAUUUGACAACUGUGAUGUGACUCCUCGGUAAUUUCCAGCGUGCGCCUUAAUGCUUUGACAAGAACCAUUUCAAAGGCACCUCUUAAUCCCAAAAGUGUCGUCCACUUACCGUAACAAUCGGUCAAUAAGACUCCUGAAGCAGGGCAAUAGUACCUUUUUUUUUGUUGUUGUUCAGUGGGUCUUGUUGAGACAUCAAGCUCUCCCAAGCCGACAUCAAGCAAAACAAUCUUACAAUGAACACUAUGCUGUUUGUCCAUUUUAGGCUGAAAGGAGAAAAGUUAUCUUGCAUCUUAAAAGUGGCAAAUAUCCUUUUGAACGUUUUGAUCAAUGCUGUAUUACAGGGGUCCCCAACCACCAGGCCAUUUGCUACCGGGCCGCAGAACAGAAGGAAUACUUUUUUGUUGUUGUUGUGAUUUGGCAGUUCUGCCCAAAAAAAGUUGGGGACCACUGCUGUAUUAAGGUGUGUUGUUAUUGUGUCACACCUCCUGGUAUGUAAUGCAUUACAAUACAUCAAAGCACAAACUAC